AUUAGCAUUAACUACUCAGCCAGCUUACAGUGAUUUAAUUGUUCAAACGUUUACCUGUGUGAUUGUUAAUUGAAAAUAAGUUAAUUAUGAUUAAAACUAUUUUCCUAUUGAGUUUAUUAUCAAUUGUAAUUGUUUCAAGUAUUGAUCAGAAUCAAAUUGACUCAGAAUGGACUAGAUUUAAGGUUAAUCAUGGAAAAUCAUACAAGUCAAUUGAUGAAGAAACCAAAAGACGAGAAAUUUUUUCUCGAAAUUUGAUCAAGAUAAUUGAACAUAACGAACGAGCGGAAAGUGGACUUGAAACUUAUCGUAAGGGUGUCAACAAGUUCACUGAUAUGGAAUACUCAGAGAUCCGAAAUAAUUACAUGGCAACUAAAUCAAGUCUCACCGUAAAUGCACCUUACCUUCAUAAUUUAAACGCUUUUCCCGCAAACGAAUUACCAAAAUCAGUUGAUUGGCGUAAGGAAGGGUUGGUCACCCCUGUAAAAGAUCAAGGUGUUUGUGGUGCUUGUUGGGCUUUCGCCUCGGUCGCCGGUAUCGAAGGUGCUUGGGCAAAGGCUAAAGGUGAAUUGGUCUCACUUAGUGAGCAACAGAUCCUUGAUUGUGCCGUUGAUGGUAACUAUGGAUGUCGAGGUGGUUUCAUUGAUAAUGCUUUGGACUAUGUUGUUUACGAGGGAGGCAUUGAUACUGAGGCUUCUUAUCCUUAUGAAGCCCUCCAGGGUAAAUGUUGGUUUACCUUCACUGAUGUCGGCGCUAAAAUCAGUAGUUUUGUGGGAAUACCUCAAAAUGAUGAGGAUGCUUUGGUUUCUGCAGUGGCACAAACACCGGUUUCAAUUGGUAUUGAUGCUGAGGAUGAUUUCGUAGCCUACGAAUCGGGAAUCUUUACCUCGUCUACCUGUACCUCGACUGAUAUCAAUCAUGGUGUUACCGUUGUUGGUUAUGAUUCGUUCAAUGGUACCGAUUAUUAUAUAAUCAAAAAUAGUUGGGGUACCAAUUGGGGUGAACAAGGUUACAUACGAAUGGCUCGAGGUAAAAACUUUUGCGGUGUCGCCAAUAUGGCCUAUUAUCCAAUCUUAAAGACAACUCAUCAAUUAGAAAAGAAAAUGUUUCGAUUUGUUUUAAUCGCUGCUACUUUGACUUUCGUCGCUUGUGCUGCAAAUUUUCAAUCAGAAUUUGCCUCAUUCAAGGCAAAACACAACAAGAACUAUGCUCAUCCCAAGGAAGAAUCUUAUCGAUACCAAGUUUUCGCUAAGAAUUUAAAGAAAAUCAAUGAACACAAUGAUCGACACGCCAAAGGUUUGGAAACUUAUUCAAUGGGAAUCAAUGCUUUCACCGACAUGACUUUCGAUGAAUUUUCUCGUCAUUAUCUUGGUUUGAAUAUGACACUCGGUCGAACUCCAGCUCCAUUUAUCCAUAACCGAAACUCAGUUUCUGAUCUUCCCGAAACUGUUGAUUGGCGAGAAAAGAAUAUCGUUAACCCAAUCAAAGACCAAGCUCAAUGUGGAUCAUGUUGGGCAUUUUCCACCGCCGCUUCCAUGGAAGGAGCUUGGGCUCAAGCUAAAGGAGCUCUUGUUUCCCUUUCUGAACAAAACUUAAUGGACUGUUCUUACACCCAAGGUAACCAAGGUUGUAACGGUGGUUUAGUUGAUAGUUCAUUCAACUAUGCAAUCAAAUCUGGUGGUUUGGACACUGAAGACUCUUACCCUUACACCGCUGCUUCGAGCAAAGAUUGUAAAUUUUCAAAGGACAAUGUUGGUGCGACAAUUUCCAGUUAUGUUGAUAUUAAAUCUCGCGAUGAAGAUGCCUUGAAAAACGCUGUUGCUCAACGAGUUGUUUCCGUUGCCAUUCAUGUCGGCGACUCAUUCCAACACUACAAAUCUGGUAUCUAUGAUGACCGUUGGUGCCCUGGAUAUUCAUUCAUGUUAAAUCACGCGGUUGCUGUUGUUGGCUAUGGAACUGACCACUGGAUUGUCCGAAACUCAUGGGGAACCACUUGGGGUGAAGAGGGUUAUGUACGAUUCGCCGUAGGCAAAAAUCUCUGUGGUAUCGCAACUUCUGCAGCUUAUCCAAUUGUCUAAUUCUUCAUUGAAUUGUCUUAAUCGUUAAUAUUGAUUAGUGAUUUAAACAUUUUCUUUUCAAUAAACUAAGCAAUUAAAUUUUUAAGAAAA